UUGACAAUCGGAGAGAAAGAAUACCAUUGCCACAGACAGACGUGCUAAAGAAUUCGUUAUCCUUUCUUCGUGUCUAGUUGUAAAAAUCUGUUAAACUUUAUAUGGGCUUAGAAUUUUAAAGAGGAUUCGAACGCAUUCAUAGAUGUGCAAUUGUUAUUUUUAGCUUAAUACUGUAAAUAUUAACUUUGUGAAAGUUAUAAGCAAAACACAAAAGCUGCUCACUAUUGUAUAUUUUCUCUACUAUUCAUUCCUGGAACAUAAUUCAGUUUUCGGUACCUUGACAUCAGUAUCACAAUUGGAUAAGAUAUUUAACGCAUCAUCGACGUCCUCGACGAAAGCACAUCUUCUUUUUUAAAUGGAUAACAACUGAAAUAUAGAUACAAAUUAUUCCAAGUGAUACAACAAAAUAUUCUAAUAAAACAACAACAAGAAAAAAUAAUAAAAUCUUCGUUUUGUGUAAAUUUUUAAUGAAAAAAAGUGAAAAAGUUUUUCAAGAGUGUUUUAACAACUAAUCUUAAAGGUUAUUUUGUUGUUGUAAAGGUCAAACACGUGUGAAUUUAAAAUACCUAUCUACGUCCGUCGUCGUCGUCUUCUUAUCUAAAGUUCCAGAAUAAUUUAUAAGUUUGCAUUAAUUUUAAAUUAUUCUCACCAAUUGAAAAAUAGAGCGAGAGAGAGGGCGAAAAUAAAAUUUAAAAAAAUUAAAGAAGAAAAUAACGGUUUAGAUAAAAGAGUUUUCGUCAAUUAAGCUACUGCAAAGCGCGAAUAAGCGAAAUCGUUGUGUUUUUUAUUUAAAAAAAUAUCGAUAGUGAUUCAAAAUUUAUUCUCCCACGUCUUUUGACGCCUCUAGGGCGUUAAAACUGGAAGAAGAUUUCGUUGGCGGCUGUAUGACGAUGUCGAUGUAUUCGACACCUGAUAAAAUGAAAAUGGGGACACCGAGUUGUUUUCCAGGCCGAUACAGCCCAUCUUAUCGGGGUCCAGAUCAAAUGCGGAGAUGUAUGACCAACCCGUCGUCACGCCUAUUAGAAGAUGCUUCCCUAUUAUGUAACUCAUGGUCUUCUCGACAAAAUGGUGACAUAUUUGCCGGACUGAACGAUGGGAUUCUAAGCAGAGCAGAAGCAUUAGCAGCUGUCGAUAUCCAAAAACACCAGAACACACAUGCCCAUUCGCAAAUGCCCUCACAGAUAAAACACGACGUCAUGUACCACCAUAGCAUGAGUGGCCCCCCUCAAAGACCAUUACAGAUGCACCAUACAAUGGACGGACUUGAUAUGUUAGAUCCAACGGGUUCAAUGACAACACUAACGCCUAUGUCUGAAACACCAAUAACACCUACACACCAUCAACUCCAUGGCUCAUAUCAUGGCAUGAACCACAUGAUGGGUCAUCAUCAUGCGGGACCAUUAGGUGGACAUACACCGGGUAGGAAUUAUGGACAUCAUGGCCAUCCGAGUGCGCAUCAUCCUGCAAUGGCAGCAGCAGUUGCAGCAGCUGGCUUACAUCCUGACACAGAUACUGAUCCUAGAGAAUUGGAAGCUUUCGCGGAGCGAUUUAAACAAAGGCGGAUAAAAUUAGGUGUAACACAAGCAGAUGUUGGAAAAGCUUUAGCCAAUUUAAAAUUACCUGGAGUUGGAGCGCUGUCACAAAGUACAAUUUGUCGCUUCGAGAGUCUGACCCUGUCUCACAACAAUAUGAUAGCAUUAAAGCCAAUACUUCAAGCGUGGCUAGAAGAAGCCGAGGCGCAAGCGAAAAACAAACGAAGAGACCCAGAUGCGCCGAGCGUGUUACCUGCUGGCGAGAAAAAAAGAAAAAGGACUUCCAUUGCUGCACCUGAAAAACGCUCCCUAGAAGCAUAUUUUGCCGUCCAACCAAGGCCUUCUGGAGAGAAGAUAGCUGCCAUCGCUGAAAAGUUGGAUCUGAAGAAGAACGUGGUACGAGUCUGGUUCUGCAAUCAAAGGCAAAAACAAAAACGUAUGAAAUUCGCUGCACAGCACUGACAAUCAAAUAAUACAGCCACACAAUUAGGUAUAGUUAGUAGUGUUACGGCAUCUAUGACCGGCCCUGGACCUGCUGGAGUCACUGGUUUUGGUUACUGAUAGUAGCUUACAUCCCACGCAACAUCAUCACAGCAGUACACUGAACGCCAUCAACCAAAUGGACACUAUCAACCACUUGGCUUCGACGUAGCUGACGGCAUACUGAUCCAAAGAUAAAGUGGACAAAACUGGAAAAUAAUACCUACUGACAAGAACUGCCCCUGCCCCAUAUUCGCCAUCAUCAUAUAUUAAUUUAUUUUUUUCUUCUUUCUUAUAAAUUAUUUUUAUUUUUAUAUUUUGUUAAGUUUAAAUUAUUUGUGUAAGGCAUCACAUCGCAUAUCGGAAAUUUUGUACAGAAGAGCAUUUGAAACACUUGUUUUGAGGCAAAUUUGCGUUCCUAUAGUCAAAAACAUUUAAACAUUAAAACAAAAAAUAACAAAAGAAUAAAAUGUAUUAAAAGAUUUGAUGAUAAAAUAUAAUUUUUGUAAAAAUUGUGUAGUGUAAAUUAAAACCUUAGUUAAAAGUUCUUUAAAAGACUUUGAAUCUUUUGAGAAUUAAUGUAUAGUAUUUUUUAUUUUCUUAAUUAAAUAUUUGUUUUUAUUUUUGUUUUAUAUAAAUAAAAGAAAAUGUGCAAUAGGCAAUAAACUAUAUAACGAACGCUAGAAUUCGUUUAUUUUUUAUUGAUUUUUAUUUAUUAUUAUCUAUAAAUAUAUAAUUUGGUACGUGCUAAUAGCUUUUUUAAUUAAAUGAUAAACUAGUAAUUAGAUUAAACAAACAAAAAAUUGCGAAAUAGUAACAAAAAAAAAAGAAAACAAUGUUUGCAUUUUGCAAAUUCCAUGUACAUAGUAUCCUGUUUCAUUGAUUCACUAAAUGAAAAUCAUUUUCGGAUAAAAACUAUUGUGUAAGAAUAUAAAUUAUAUAUAUAAUUAAGACCUGGGUAUAUAUAUAGAUAUAUAUAUUAAUAGAAGAUUACAUACAAAAAUGUAUAUAAUUAUUCUAAGAUUUAUUAUUAAACGUUCUUGUAUAUACGACCUUUUCAAAUACAAAUAAAGUUAGACUAAUUUUUUUAGAAGAAUAUAAUUACUUUUUUAAUUUGUAUUAAAUGUUUAAGAUAGAAACAUUAAAUUCUCAUAUGGCGUUGAUAUAUGUAUGCAUAAGGGCUAACUUGACAGUGGAAGCUUGAAAUGAGAGGUAAAUUAAUUUUGAAUUUCUUUGAAAAAUUAAUAAUUUUCUUUGCAGAUUUUGAGAAAAGAAAUUUAUGAUGAACGACGAUGAAUAUUGUGAAUGAAUCUUUGGUUUUACUCAAAAUGGCGCCCAACAACCUUUUUUGCAGAAUAACAGGUCCAUCCAAAAGCACAUACCUUCCUUAACUUCAAGCCCAGAUGUUAUGUGAUGUCAACAGUAAGAUGCUGGUUUUCUAAUUCAGAUCAUGGAGAAACUCUAUUUAGUUUUUUAUCACUUGCAUUUUUAAAAAUUAAAG